UUACAAGUGGGGGGAAAAAAAAAAGAGUGAACGCCUCCCAUGUGCAAGCAACCCAAGGUAACUGGCACAAGACCUUCACUUUCCGUGACUUCAAUCUCCUCUCGCACAAUUUAUACUCACUUGACUGCGGAAGCCCGGAAGUCGGAAAACGAAAUCGUCUGCAACGAAAGGAGUCACAAAGCUGAACCCCCCGUUGUGUCAGGUGCCAUUGCCAUACCCGACGAAACACUCGCCUACGUGGAGAGUGGCAGAAAGUGUACUCUACGAUUUCGCAUCCGCCGAUGGAUGCCAUCAGCGGACGAAAUCCUGGCCAAGUGGACGUCUUUGUCAUCAGUGUUGACGGAACGCACGGACGAGGGACACUGGCCGAGCUACGAAAAGACGCAGCUGAACAGCUCUAGGGACGGGCGCUGCCCAGGGUGUGCGCAACAGUUUGUCCGACGCAUGCGGUCGGUCAGGCCCCGCUUCCUGGCGAACCUCGUAAUAUGAGAGCAGUCGUCUAAAUUUAGCCCCCUUUUCCGAGCUGACGUCGCGCCUGCCACUUCCCCGGCAGCGACGGAGACAUGACAGACUCCAGCGUUCACUCUGGCGUUAACGCGACAGCGGCUGCCCACUGAAGAGCAUCCUUGAGUCGCGGAUGCCCAUCUUCAGCGAUCUUCAAUACACGCUCCGUAUGUGUGUGUGGUAUUAUCGCCCUCUCGUGUGAUGUGCGCAGCUGAACUUCGGACUACAGCUGAUGGAAACGCCGGUCUUCGCACGUAGAACAUCGUCGCCCAGUGGUGAAUCGCUUUUCCCGUGAUCGUCCCUGCUUGUGUGAUCGACUGUGAUCAUGGUGCUUCAAGAGGAACGUGUGGACGGGGGCAGGCCCCCGGAAAAAAAGCACAAGCUCAAGCAGAGGUUUCAAGUGAUACGAAAGCUAGGCCAGGGAACUUACGGGAAAGUGCAGUUGGCUAUCAACAAGGAUACAGAUCAGGAGGUUGCAAUAAAGACGAUAAAAAAGUCAAAGAUUGAAACGGAACAAGAUUCGCUAAGGAUACGGCGUGAAAUCCAGAUAAUGUCAUCUAUUCAACAUCCAUAUAUUAUACAUAUUUAUGAAGUUUUUGAAAACAAGGACAAGAUUGUCCUGGUGAUGCAGUAUGCAAGUGGAGGAGAAUUGUAUGACUACGUGAGUGAGCGGAAAGAGCUUUCGUCUGACGAGGCCCGGCGAAUUUUCCGUCAAGUGGCCUCUGCUGUCUACUACUGCCAUAAGAAUAAAAUAUGCCACCGUGACCUCAAGCUAGAAAACAUCCUGCUCGACGAGAAAGGCAACGCAAAGAUUGCAGAUUUUGGUCUCUCAAACGUCUACGAUGAGCGCAAUUUCCUCAGCACCUUCUGUGGAUCUCCUCUGUAUGCAUCUCCUGAAAUCGUCCGAGGCACACCUUAUUACGGACCUGAGGUCGACUGCUGGAGUCUUGGAGUACUGCUGUACACCCUGGUGUACGGCGCCAUGCCAUUUGACGGCAGCAACUUCAAGCGUCUGGUUCGUCAAAUCUCGGAAGGAGAUUAUUUCGAGCCCAAGAACAAGUCUGAUGCGUCUGUGCUCAUCAGCCGCCUGUUGACAGUCGACCCGGCCAAGAGAGCGACGAUCGUCGACAUCUGCCGGGAUCCUUGGGUCAAUCAUGGCUUCGACCACUCUCUCCUUCAGCUGGCGGAAGACAUGGCAAGCCUCACCCCCGUCCGGCUGGACCUGCUGCUCGCCCUCGCUCCGGUCUCUCCUACGUCAGAAGUUCCGACGGACACGGACUCUUCCGCAGAGUUCAUCCCCGCCGGGCUGGCGGCAGAACUCGAAGAACAAGCUCCCAAGCGCGCCAUGCUGGAGAGCAGCGGAAGCCUCACGAGAAUGUCCAGCAUCACACGAAAGAGGGUGCGGCCGUCAGAGUCAACCCUCGCAAAGCAAGCCGCGAGCAAGGCGUCAACGGAGGCCGCGGUCGCGGACGCGCCACUCUCCGAUGCGACCGCCGAAAACGCGCCCAAGCAACGGGCCGAAGGAGGCGCCGAGGAGGCGAAUGCGCCGCAGGAAACGGUCGGAAAUAAGGCUUCCGAGGAAGCCGCUCAAGAGCCAACCUCCCCAGCCUCUUCUACACCCUGCCAAGACGAUGCUAGUCCGGAACAAGCCUUGGAUUCAUUAGAGGUCGACAGAAGGGAAAGAACGCUCACUCCUGAAGUUCCUGAAGUCCAGCACGUUGAACAAAGUCAAAGAGAGGACAGAGUAGAGAAGCCAAUGAUAAGUCAUGUCUCGUCAUUACACAAGGUAGGGGCUAACAAAGGCAUCCUCAAGAAGCCCAGCGAGGAGGAGGCUCCUCUCGAACGCCAAGUCACCGGCGCGGAAGCAAAACCUCCCGCCAAAGAGGAGGAGGAGGAGGAAGAAGAACCGGUUCAAAACGUUCAAAGCACAGCUCAAAUCACGCUACGCCAAAAUUCCGUGGCGAGCAGCAAAGAGGAGGACGAAGAAAUCGAAGGCCCGGCCUCGAGCCGGAGGCGUCCUUCGCCCGAAGGAUCUCCCGCGGAAGAACGGGUGAAGUCUCCCGCGGAGGAGGGAGUCACGUCUCCCGUCCGGACCUACAAGAAGUUUACGUUUGGAAGAGAUGGCAGCUGCAUCACGGAGAGCGGCCACAUCUACGCGAAGCCUAAAUCCGACGGUUCGUGGGCCACCGUGGAGAAGAAGACGAGGGUGACUCGCCGUCCGAGCAACGCGAGCGAAGAGGAGGCUCAAGAGGUCAAGCGAACGGAGAGCGGCAGUUCGUCGGAAAACAACGACAUCUUUGAAGACAUGUUUGCGAACUGGCGCAGCGGAGGAGGUCCCUUUGGCCACCUGAUGCGGAUGAAGAGCUCGAUGAAGAAAUUCAACGGGUCCCCGUCUCGCUCGUCGGAUAGGCCGCCGAGAGAACAGAGGUUGCGUGAAUGGUCUCGUGGUUCGGCGUCUACGGAGAGGGAUUCCUCAGACGAGGACGAUUUCGACCUGCAUUUCGAUAAUUCGCAUCCGCAGGCACUGUUCCAGUUUGUGAAAAACAUGAGCAGAGACUUCCGCAACCAUUGGAAGGGCUUCAUGCCCAUGUCGUCUCCUUUCAACCGCGACGCGCAAUCCCCGACUCUCGUUCGCUGGAACGUCAUUGAUCGACCACCAAGGCCGAUGCACUCCGCGCAGACGAGCGACGACGACAUGUGGUCGCGGGCAGACAAUAGAGCCUCCCUUUUCGGCACGAUACGGCACAAGCCGAGGCCACACGACGGAAUCCCGUUUAGGCAACAGCGUGGCGCCUCCCUCGAACGUGCGACGCCUCCAGAAGCACAGCCUGUCCGUCACCGCGUAGAGAAACGACUGCAGCUCAACGUCGACCCGUCAAACGAAUCUCCGGCGAUGAACCGCUCUCAGGCGAAGUACAACCGCUCCAAAAGCGACAAGUUUGACCUGAGCGAAAACGGCGCCCCACAUCGAAGCGAGAUGAACGUCAACGACUUUGGAGGCGGCGCACAGUCCUACAACCGUUCCACGAGCGUCCCUGCCAGGGAAGGAGCGACAGGCGGACGACCCAUGCUCCGCAUGCAAGUCUCCAUCAGCGGAAGCCGCAACCCCAACACGCAAAUACUCAUCUCAACGCCGCCGCCGGUCGAAGAACGGUCGGACGGCACCCUCCUGGAAGCCCUGCAGAACAGGGGUCUCCGUAGCAUACUCUCGCAAAGGUCUCGAGUUGUCCCGCCGCACAGCGAAACGGAAACGCCGGAGCAGUCAGGUGAGAGGGCGCCGGCUGCUUGCAUGGAAUCCACUAACCCUGGGAGCAGGUACCACGAAGAACCGCACGGCAGAAAUUACGACCUGUCUCCCGGCGAGGAAACGGUCGAGGAACGCAUCCGCCGAAAGAGUUUCUACCCGAGGUUUCACGACGGCGUCCGCGCCGCGCGUCGGCGCUCUGCCCUGUGGGACACUGAAUAUUCCGGCCUCUGGAAUCUCGACCGCGAACCCUUCGAUUCGUCCGUGCUUCGAAAAUCGCGGAGUCUCUGGGACAACCAUCCUUCCUCGAGGGAACGCAGCAAAUCGGCCGUUCGAGCACCGUCCUUGAACACGGCGGCGGCGGCGACUGGUUCACUGUGGGGAGACGUUCGAACAUCCAGAGAGUCUCCAGAGGGUCCAUUUUAGACGCUGCUAGUGCCCGUCUGCUUCGGGAGUGGUCCGUUUCUUGCUGGAGCGGUUAGUGCAUCGUUCUCCGUCCCCCCCUCCCCCUCUUCCUACUUAAAGAUCGUUCCGGUGCAGUCACCCAGUGACACGUGGGCCCGAGAGUGGCCAUUUUUUUUGUUAACUGCAUGAAUGUUAUUCUAUUGACUGCCAUUGAUGCAACCUGGUGCAAUCCCCCUAGACCAAACUAAUGAACUGAGGAUGUGAAGCAGCAUUGCGCCGUGCUAAUCCUUUGGUGGUGCUCACCGUAUCGGAGAAAUAAAUGCUGUUUGCCAGCUCUGA